CCCGAACCAGACCCAUCUGCUGUAGCACAGGGCAAAACGACAAUCACGAGAAGCACCAUGGCAGGGUCAUGACAUGACAUGAACUAACAAACCUUGAUCGCACAACGUCUGUGGUCACACCAAGCCUGAAGAUGGCAUCAGAUGUUUGUCCCACUCGUCCUGAGCCGACUUUUUCAUUCACACAGGGCUUCAUCCUGGGCCAGAUCUCAGUUGUCCUCCUGAUCGCAGCGUUCAUAAAAUUCUUCAUCUUCGGCGACCCACCUUCAGCCGAGGUGACCGCCUCCAUACGAGCCACCGAGAGGAGAUCGAGAACCCUCGCACAUAAGAAAUCUCUCCUCAGCCUUAGGACCGCCGGGCGACCAAGUAGCAGACAGCGUGAGCAGCCACAGACUCUCAACAAGAAAAAGUCCAGCAUACUUCGCUCGGGACCUCCGACACUGACCAUUGGGUCCAUCCUCAACAAAACAUACUACAAAGUCGACAGCCACCAGCCCGAAUCCCUCGACUGGUUCAAUGUGCUUGUGGCCCAGACCAUCGCCCAAUUCCGCAGCGAUGCCCAGCACGAUGAUGCCAUCCUCGGCUCCUUGACCAAGGCCCUCAACAGCCCCACGCGGCCCGACUUUCUCGAUGAGAUCCGCGUGACAGAGCUCAACCUGGGCGAGGAGUUCCCGAUAUUCAGCAACUGUCGCAUAAUACCAGUGGAUGAAGAUGGGCUUGCCUUCCCGCCCGGGAGGCCCUUCGAUGUCAACAUGGCCACGCGCGAGGGCUGUCGGCUGCAGGCGCGCAUGGAUGUCGACCUGAGCGACGCCAUCACGCUGGCCCUGGAGACCAAGCUGCUUCUCAACUACCCAAAGAAACUCUCCGCUGUGCUCCCCGUCGCACUGUCCGUUUCAGUCGUGCGUUUCAGCGGCACGCUCUCCAUCUCCUUUAUCCCCAGCAACCCGUCCCAGUCGACGCCGACCAUGAUGACCUUCAGCUUCCUGGACGACUACCGCCUCGACUUCUCCAUCCGCAGCCUGCUGGGCAGCCGGUCGCGCCUGCAGGACGUGCCCAAGAUCGCCCAGCUGGUCGAGUCGCGCCUCCACAAGUGGUUCGACGAGAGGGCGGUCGAGCCGCGCUUCCAGGAGAUCGCCCUGCCGAGCAUGUGGCCGCGCAAGAGGAACACGCGUGGCGGCGACGAGGUCAUUGCCGAGGCGGAGAGGUCCCUUAGCAAGGCCAGGGGUGCGGAGAUCAGCCGCGAGAUGAGGAACCAGGCGAGGAGCCAGGUGGAGGCCGAGGAGGAUGCCAGGGCCGAGUGGGGUCCGGACUCGUCGAGGCGAGAGUCACUGAGAUAUCGCCGACGGCCCAGGGCGGAGGACGUAUUCGGAGGGCCCAGCUCCAUGCCCGGGUCGAUGCCUGGUGUCAGUGUUGAUAUGAAUUGAGGGUUGACAGUUGAAGACGACAGCCCUACUCAAAUUGUAUCGCAUCGGCACACCUAUCUGUAGGUGUGUGGUUGGCGUCGUGGCAGUCAAUAUGCUGCGUACGGGAUCGAUGACAAACUGAACAUCACAGAGAUCCGACCUGUUUGGAUGCAUUGAACAUGGCAUCAGAUGUAAAACAGCCGUUGAAGUCUACCGGCAGUCAUCUGUCUGUUAGAAAAGGCUCGGAAACCGGAAUCUUGCUCUAGAAGUGACAACUUCAACAACGUUUGUGUGCAAUGAAGAGAGCCACUACACAGUAAGCUAAAGUAAUCACUUCACAUUGUGUUCAAGUUCAAGGCUUGAUACAAGAUCCACGAGCUUCAUGCUGCCUGAUCAAUGAGGAAGAAGUCUGUUCUCUGAAGCAAUUGUAUAUGGGCAGACCCUCUGUGGUCCGUCUGUUAUCGUAUAUAGCACAGAAAUCAGACCUGAGUUUGAA